UUGAAUAAGAGUAAAGUUGUUCACUUUGUAAAAUUUAGUUUUUGAUUUGAGUUUUUGAGUCAUCGACUUUUCUCAAUUUGGUCAGCAGUCCUUCCUGGGUACUUCGAUCUCAUCCUUAACCUUUCCCCCUUCUGAUCAGUCUCGAUCACUUCCUAGUCCUCAGCCUUUUCUUUCUUCCUUUCCAUAUUCGAUCUCUAUAUUUCUCUUUAUACUACCUCUCUCUCUGUGUGUGUUUUCUUUGGGUCUUUGGUCUAAUUCAAUUCUCAUCCUCACACUCUCUCAUUCCAUCUUCUUCCUCCUUAUCUCGACCCUUGGUUUCGUUAUUUGAUUUCGUUGCUAUCGUCUUGGUUUCCUCAUUCACUCUUCGAUCAGACUUUCACUCGUCUGCACCUACUUCAUCUAAAGGCACUUCACAUUAUGUCCGACCAAGCUCAGCAACCUUCGGCUGGAGCCGGGAACGCUGCCGCAGCCUACGGUGCUCCCGCUGGCUCUCAGGGUUAUGAAGCGUACGCUCAACAGUAUGCUGCUUACGCCCAACAACAGCAACAAGCUCAGGCUCAACAAGCUCAGCAACAAGCGCAAGGUCAGCCCGCGCCGUCCAAUUUCCCCGUUGGCUCGUCGGCCUCCUCUACUGGUCCUCAAGGUGCUUAUGGCAACAAUAACGCGGUAGUACCUACCACAGGCGCCCCGGGCGCUCAGCCGUCUAACUCGUACACCGGGCACCCCGAGGCAAAGCGUGCCCACUUAUACGUUGGUAACUUGAGUCCUAGAGUGACCGAGUAUAUGCUUCAGGAGAUCUUCUCCGUUGCCGGCUCUGUCCAAGGCGUGAAAAUUAUUCCCGAUCGCAAUUUUCAACAUGGCGGUCUCAAUUAUGGUUUUGUUGAAUAUUAUGAGAUGCGAUCAGCUGAAACAGCUUUGCAAACUCUAGGAGGACGUAAAAUCUUUGACAAUGAGAUUCGUGUCAAUUGGGCUUAUCAAAACUCGCAGCAGAACGCUGUUAAGGAAGAUCUCUCGGGUCACUUUCACGUCUUUGUCGGGGAUUUGUCGCCCGAGGUCAAUGAUGACGUCUUGGCGAAGGCCUUUGCAGCGUUCGGCUCUUUAUCAGAUGCUCGCGUGAUGUGGGACAUGAACAGCGGAAAGUCUCGUGGAUACGGUUUCCUCGCGUUCCGCGACAAGACUGACGCUGAGCAAGCUAUUGCUACGAUGAACGGUGAAUGGCUCGGCUCUCGUGCUAUUCGGGUCAACUGGGCCAAUCAGAAGAACCAGGGUAUGCCUGGAGCUCCUGGGUCUGCCAUGGGUGGAGGUAACAUGGGCGGAAUGAAUGGUGGUAUGAAUCGCGCUGGUGGUGGUGGUGGCGGCGGCGGUUUUGGGGCCAACAGCUAUGAAGCAGUUGUCCAGCAGGCUCCGGCGUACAACUCCACCGUGUACACUGGUAACUUGGUACCAUACUGUACUCAAGCCGAUCUUAUUCCCUUAUUCCAAGGAUUUGGUUACAUCGUUGAGAUCCGAAUGCAGGCGGACCGAGGCUUUGCCUUUGUCAAGCUGGAUACCCACGAAAACGCUGCUAUGGCCAUUGUGAACUUGACAGGCACGCCAGUCCAUGGGCGACCGCUCAAAUGCUCAUGGGGCAAAGACAGAGCAUCGGCCGACCCGAAUUCAGCUACAAACCCUGCAAUGGCCAUGGCCCCAGUUGCUGGAAUGUAUGGAAUGCCCCAAAUGUAUGGAAUGCCACAGCCCGGUUAUGGCCAAUAUCCAGGGUAUCCUCAAUACGGUGCCCCUCAAGCUUACGGCCAACCUGGUUAUCCAGUUGCUCAGUCGAGUGGUGCCGAAGGCGCUCAAGCCCAACCAUAAAUUCAAUUCAAAACUUCCUCUGGUGGCUCCUAGAUGAUGUCCGAAUUACGAACACAAGAAUUGAUCUUCGCCUCGUCUUCUGAAUCUUACACAGCGGACGGGCUAUGACCCAAAAAUAAAAGCCUCAGCUGCGAGUAUUUUUUCACUUGUACGAUCUCGCGGUGCUUCAGCAGCUCUAUUGUAAUUGCUUUCAUCAAUGCUCGAUCUGGUAUAUAUUUGGGAAUGAUGUUUGAUUUCAAAAAAUGCAAAGACGAUGCUCACGCAGGCCUAGUAUAUAGCUACCUGUAUCCUUUCCUGCAAAUCCUAUCCACUUUCGCGCAGGAUUCCAUCACAAGAGUUGAUCAGUUCGGUGCAAACGUACCAUUUGUCCGAGU